CACUGCUACACUACUGCUGUUCUGCGACACUACUACACUGCCACACUGCCACAAUGCCACACUGCUACACUGCUAUACUGCCACACUGCCACACUGCCACACUGCUACACUACUACACUGCUACACUACUACACUGCCACACUGCUACACUACUACACUGCUACACUACUACACUGCUACACUGCCACACUGCUACACUGCCACACUACUACACUGCUACACUACUACACUGCUACACUGCCACACUGCUACACUGCCACACUACUACACUACUACACUACUACACUGCCACACCACUACACUACUACAUCGAAUCGACCAUGGUAUUAAUCUUAUCUCCCAAAGUGCACUGCUACAAUGUGGAUGUAUACCAAUUUACAAGGAUAUUUCACUAUGUAAUUCACACGCCUG